CUAGAAUUGAAUACAGUUAUUCGUUGUUGUUUACCAUUUGUUUGGUAGCGAUUAAAAUAAUGUUAGCAUUGUUUAAUCAUGUGGUUAAUGGUGAUUAAAAAAUUGUAAAUGGUGAUGACAGAUGGUUGAUUCUUGGGACUCUGCUUUUGGGGAGAACGAUCCAGAGGCUGUGGUUUUAUCAGAUUUCUCCUUGCAUGCAGAAGAUGGAAUUGAGGCUUUUGUUGCUCGAGACAUAUACCACAUAUAUGACUCAGACGAUGCUAAUACUUCUGACGACGAAUACCACGAAGCAAUGUCAAACCUGCGAGCUUAUGGGGAGAUGCGGAAAAGGAAGGUUAAGGCGCGGAUUGAUGGCCAUGGGGAGGAGGUCGAGCAGCUGGACGAUUUUGAAGAAGAGGAAUCUGAUGAUGAAGAUUCAGAAGAUGAUGCUUUGGCUGAUGAACGCGAAGAGGAAGCUCAUGUUGCCUCUCAUGCUGAGGAAGGAGUCCAAGCCAAUGAGGCACCUCCAAUCUAGGAAACAAGGGGAGAAAACUCAAACCACUCUAGUUAUAGAGGAUCAGAAGACUCAAACCACGUCAAAUCUAACCUAUCUAACUCGGAUGGUAGGGACCUAUUCGAUGACGCACCGCAGUAUGAUCCGCUUUGUGAUCAUACUGUUGUCGAGUUCGUGCCAAGGAUGAAGUUCGCUAGUGCUGUGGAAUUCAAGGUUGUUGUCGUCCUGGAGGGAGGUUAGAUGCAAGGACACGAAUUGCAAGUGGAAAGUAUAUGCUAGCUGGUUCCGCAAGAACCAGAAUUUCAUGGUGAGAAAGGCUGGUCUGCCUCAUUCAUGGGCAAGAAAACUUCGUGUCAACC